AUGAAGGACAUAGAAGGGCAAGAAGCCGGAAAAGCAGUGGAGAUAGACGCUAGCGAUUUUAGAGGCGUGAAGCUGCCGACAUUUUGGAAAGAUGACCCAAAACUCUGGUUCGCUAUGCUCGAAAAGGAAUUUUCUGCGUAUAAUGUAAGGUCAGACGCGGUAAAAUGCGCGGCUGUUUUGCGACACUUAGAUGGUAAUAUAAUUAGAGUAGUCGCAGAUAUUAUUUCCGCACCGGAUUGCGACGAUUCCUAUAAAUUAAUUAAGGAGGCGCUAAUCAGCCGAUUGGCGUCAUCAGAGGAGACUCAACUCCGUCAACUCCUCACAGGAAUUGAGUUGAACGGGAGAAAACCAUCAGAAUUACUACGCAAAAUGCAGAUGCUAGCCGGCGCCAAAAUCAGCGUAAAAGUUUUACAGACGCUCUGGCUGCAACGGCUGCCGACCCGGAUACAAGAAAUUUUGUCCGUUGUGGAUGACGCUGCACUAGAAAAGUUGGCAGCACUGGCAGAUAAAACAGUCGAAAAAUCAUGCAUGUUAGAAGCGGCGGCCAUGACGGAAGGAUCAACCGUCAGAUUUGAAACCCCGUCGCGAACCGGCGAUAUAGAAGAGUUGACCAGGCAAGUUGCGAAGCUGACAGCAAAAAUAGAUCAAAUGGAGCGCGGCAGGACAUAUUUCCGAUACAAUCGGAGAAACAGAAGUAGAAGCAGGAGCGGAAGCCGAUCUAGGCCAACAUACAUUAACCAAGAUAGAAACGGCCUGUGCUAUUAUCAUACGAGGUUCGCCGCAGACUCUUGGAAGUGUCGACAACCGUGCACCUGGACCGGACCUGAUAAAAGGAAGCCGGCGGAAAACUAA